GAUGAUGAUGACGAUGACGACGUCUACGGCGACGACUACGCUAGCUACGAGCAGCAACAGCAGCAGCUCCAGCGGCAGACAAGCGGCAACAACAACAACAACGGCGACAACGACGACGACGGCGAGUCCAGCUCGCUGGUCGACUACUACAACAAUCAGCAGCGGGAGCGCCACUACCAGCAGCGACGCCAAAGUCAACGUCAAGCCGCCGAGAUUUAUACCGCCGCCACCGCCACCUCGUCGUCUGCUGCUCACGCAAACAAAUCUAAGCGCCAACAAGCCACCUCCAAGAAAAUCUGGCGCUACUGCUGACAGUGGCUGCUCGGCGGCUGUCGGCGACGUCGCCAGCGCUUUGCCCACAACCGUUAUCGCGUCAAGGACAACGGCGGCGAGUAUCAAAACCUCUGCAGCAUCAGCGCCAUCAGCUCUGCCGGCGCCGGCGCCGCCUCCUCCCGUCGCAAUCCCAAAACGCCCAUCGUCAACGAUAAUCGAGACCUGCCUGCUGGGGGCCGCAGCGCCGGCCGACUCCAGCACUUUAUCAGCAACAGCCUCGAAGACAACAAAGCCGAGCCCAGCGAAUGCGACCAGCAGCAGCAGCAGCAACAACAAUCAGAGCAAGCCGAGCAGCCCAGCUGCAGUCGGAACGUCAACUACACCGCGCGCUGGCUGCGGCCUAAGCCCAAGGCUGGAAAUGCGUCUGGCGCUCAAUCACGACAUACUCGGGGACGAGGACUUGAUCUGCUACGAGCCUGGUCCAGAUCUAACAACCAUUCUGGGGCACGACCUCUCCACAUUUCAUCGUCUGACGGGUCGCGAUUUAUUGAGUCGUUCGGCCACGAACCGAGUGCAGCCAAAAGAGGCUGUCAUAUCGUACUCUCAACAACGCAACUCGAAGAUGGACACGCCGACGGUGAAUCGGCGUCCACGUCCGCUGCAGGCCGCAGGCAGCAGCGGACAGCAGCGCAGUCGGAGCAGCAGCAGCCACGGCAGUCCGCUCGCCGGGGCUGGUUCAGCUCGUGCCGUCGUCGGUCCACAACGCCCGCAUCCAAGUCCAAAUACAUGGAACAGUUCUGCAUCUGUGGCUCGAAACGGCGGCGGGAGCGCAAGCGGCGGCGACAGCAGCACAAGCUGCAGCUACAGCAGCGGCGGGAACAAAUUAGGCGAUCUGGAAAUCUUAGCGAGACGCGAGAAGAUAUACUCCAUGUCUCAAUCGAGGAGUGGCUAUCAAGUCAGGGCGACAUCCGAGCUGAGGACGAUGACGACGACGACGACGACGAUGGCAACGAGACGAGGCUGUUUAUCGAGCAGCGAACAGACGACGACGACGACGACAGCAGCAGUAGCAGCAGUCUCACUAACGAGGACGACGAGUACUACUUCGAUGGAUGUGGCAACAUCCACAGCAACAACAACAACGACAACAACAAUGACUGAUGCGUGCCUUGAAACCGAAGCGGGCAAAUCUAAACGUUUAAUCAACUUUAUCAAGCGCCGCAAUUCUGAAAUAAGCAUUGCUGGCGAGCAGUCCCCCUCCAUGAGCCAGAGCAGUCUGCUGCACACUCAAACGCCGGAACAGGCGGAUUUGGCACCCAUGUCGCCGCGCAAGGAUAACGAUAAACCGUCGCUCAAUCGCCGCUUGUGGAAGCAAAUCACCAAAAGACGACGCACCAAUUCCGUAUCCCAAAUAGUUGCAGGCUAAGCUGAGUGCCUAGCAAUUCCCGUUAAUAGAUGCAUCUAUCUUUCUCACUCACUCACUCACUCACUCGCUGCGCUGCAGCUGUGUGAUAUUUUGCCAGCUUAAAGCUUUCUUCACACGCACACACAUACACACACACAUACUAAGCUUGUUGUGAUGUGUGUGUAUGUGCGGCACUCGUAGGGCAGACAACGAGUUUACUCGUUGGUUUACACACACAUUCGUUAGUUGAAAUUCUUUGACUGUUUGUCUCGAUGGAACUGUUCAAAAUUCAAAACUUACUAAAGAACGUACAUCAGACAAAUCUAAAUAGAAAACAGAAAACUGUAAUACUUAUGCUAAGUUUUUUUGAUACUCGAUACAAAAAGAACUUUGUAGCUAGAGCGUUUAAGAUAAACUCGUUACUUGUAUUUACGUCCAAUUGCGUCCAAUAAGUCCUCAUAAGACUCCUGCCAAUCGCGCUGGGCAUGCCAAAGAAGCAAAUCAAGUGCAAAAAACUGAAAAACACAGAACAUUAUGUUAUAAUGAUAUGAGUGGAACAUGAUUUUAGCCAAAACGAGACAACGAAUACAUUGAGCGAUAAUGAGAGGCAGAGCUUUAGCUAUUAUUGCUACUGGACAAUUUGUGGACACACACACAGAGAGAGACACACACACACACACAUAGAGACUUAAACACGACCAUACACGAAAUCCAGCCAAAAUAGAACAGAUUUAAUAAAUGGAAGUAUAGCAUAUGUAAUAUGUUUGAAAUUUUUAAUACCCCUUAUAUAGCAAGUAAUUUUUUCUUAUUAAAAACAAAGCAAAAUCAAAUCAAAAAUUUGUCCGCAAUGCAAAAAUUUUCUAAGUACCAAGUAUAGUUAGUAUAGUUCAAAAGCAAAACUAACUAUAUGAUGGGUAUUUGUAAGUCGAGCUCUCUCGACUGUAGUAGACGCUCUUAUACUAUAAUUUAAGCAAGUUAGUAUACUAGAGAGAGAAAGAGAUAGCGUCAGUCAAAUUAAAUUGCAUUCACACUAGUUAGCAGCUACUUAGUGUGGAACUUUAUUUAUUUUGCUAUAUCAUUUAGCAUUAUUAAUUAAUAAUGAGAAUUGCCUUACGUAUAGCAUUGAACUAUAUACACUUAUUGUAUUUGUAAUAAUAGCAGUAGCUUUAUACUUUAAACUUUAUGGCACUUAGCAAUUGUCAUUUGUCCAGUUAGAUAAAGAAUUGUCGACAAAACGUUUUAAGAAUUCCAAUAAAUAAAUUCAAUCUUCAACUAUUUACAGCUUAUAUGCAAAGUAUGCAAAGUAUGCAAAGUAUGCAAAAUAAUGCAUUUUUUAGUAGUUUAUUUCACAUUGAAAUUGUUGAAAAAGUAGUAGAAAGGCUAAGCAAAAACAAAAUAACAACAACAAUAACAGCCAUGAUUGAUCAAGUACAUUUAUCAGCUUUAAUAGAAAUUCAAAUAUAGUAUAUAUAAAAUUUAUAUUUAUAAGAUACACACACACACACACACACACACACACAGAUGAAUAAACUUAAUUACUUUAAAUAGUUGUACUCAUGAAACGACUAUUUACAAGAUCGAACUAUUAGGCAUUUAUCAAUUUUAAUUACAUACUACAACAACAAACAAUACAAACAAUAUCCUAUGGAGCCGAUCUCUACCCCGUUAUCGUCUCAGGGGCAAACGGCAUAUUAAUAUAAUAAUUAAAUUGUCUUUUUUUUGUGCGCAUUUCCAACAGAGCUGAUCUCAUAGGAAAUUAAUUUCUAAGUCAAGAAAGAAUAUUCAAUAAAUUUUACUUUGUAAAACACGCAAGAAAUAAAAU